CAUCAACCGACGCUCGGAUUUGAAAAGAGAAAGCAAUUGAAAUGCAGAGAAGGGAGAGGGUUGGGUGGGAAGGACGAAAACCCUAGGCCUUUCAAUCGCCGCACCGGGAACGAACCACCACCGCCGCCGCACCGUUCCACCCGGUCGCGUUGUUUCUGCCGUUGCAGUGCCGCAGGAGGAAGCCACCGGCCACUGCUAACUCCUUCAUCCUUCAGUCCUUCAAAUCUCCAAUCUAAAAGACACAAAGAUGUUGGGGUCUUUGCCCAUAUUGCCACUCCCUCCGGCAACAAAUGAUGGGAAUCUUGGCCCGUUGCCUCCAGCUCAGUUGAGAGACAGAGAUAGUGAUGAUGCUAAGGGCGUGAAUGAGGAGGAGAAGAGCAAAAACAAUUCCGCUCCAGCUUCUAUUGCGACCCAUACAAGGACUAUUGGGAUCAUUUAUCCACCACCUGAUAUCAGAAGCAUUGUUGACAAGACAUCACAGUUUGUGGUAAAGAAUGGCCCAGAAUUUGAGAGAAGGAUUAUUCUGAGCAAUGCAGGAAAUGCUAAGUUCAAUUUUUUGAACCCCUCAGAUCCUUAUCAUGCUUAUUAUCAACACCGUUUAUCUGAAGGUCGGACACAGAGUCAGGCUUCUUCACAACAGCUUCCUUCUCAGCCUUCUGAUACAGAUGCUCUAGAAUCAACCCUUUCUCCCGCUGAAGCUGAUGGUCUUGAUGCAACAACAAAGCCCGAUCCUUCUGCACAGUUCAGGCCGGUUCGCAAGGUUCUUGAAACCCCUGAAGCAGAGCAGUAUACAGUUCGGCUUCCCGAAGGGAUCACAGAGGAGGAAUUGGAUAUCAUUAAGCUCACCGCCCAGUUUGUAGCAAGGAAUGGGAAAAAUUUUCUGACAGGGUUGACCAGUAGAGAGAAUAAUAAUCCGCAGUUUCAUUUUCUGAAGCCUACUCAUAGUAUGUUUAUGUUUUUCACUUCAUUGGCAGAUGCAUAUUCAAAGGUCCUAAUGCCCUCAAAAGGCUUGACCGAUAAACUAAGGAAGAGUGCUGCUGACAUGACGACUGUUCUUGAACGUUGCCUGAAUCGAUUGGAAUGGGAAAGGUCACAGGAGCAGGCAAGGCAGAAAGCUGAAGAUGAGAUAGAACAAGAGAGACUGCAGAUGGCUAUGAUUGAUUGGCAUGAUUUUGUUGUAGUUGAGACUAUAGAUUUUGCUGAUGAUGAGGAUCAAGAUUUGCCUCCUCCUAUGACCCUUGAGGAGGUUAUAAGGAGGAGCAAGAUGUCAUCUAUGGAGGAGGAAGAAUUUGUUGAGCCUGGGAAAGAGGUAGAAAUGGAGAUGGAUGAAGAGGAGGUUCAGCUUGUCGAAGAAGGCAUGAGAGCUGCUACCCUUGAGGAGAUUGCUGUCCAGAAUUCCGAAGUGAAGGCAGUUACAGAGGAUCAGGAGGCGCCAAUGAGAAUUGUGAAGAACUGGAAAAGGCCCGAAGAAAGGAUGCUUCCAGAAAGGGACCUGACAAAAUAUGUCAUCUCUCCUAUAACUGGGGAGAUGAUUCCAAUAAGUGAAAUGUCUGAACAUAUGAGGAUCUCUCUUAUUGAUCCUAAAUACAAGGAGCAGAAAGAGAGAAUGUUUGCAAAGAUUAGGGAUACAACACUAGCUCAGGAUGAUGAAAUUUCUAGAAACAUUGUUGGGCUUGCUAGAACACGGCCUGAUAUUUUUGGUACCACUGAAGAAGAAGUGUCAAAUGCAGUCAAGGCUGAGAUUGAGAAGAAAAAAGAAGAACCAAAACAGGUCAUAUGGGAUGGUCACACCGGCAGCAUUGGUCGCACAGCUAGCCAGGCAUUGUCCCAAAACAAUACAGAAGAUCAGUAUGAUUUUGUUAAUGAUUCAAGGAACCUUUCGGGACCUCAAGCACCGCCCCCUCCUAGGCCUGGUUUGCCAUCAGUUCGACCACUUCCUCCACCACCUGGUUUAGCACUAAACAUUCCUCGCCCUCCCAGUAGUUACCCUUACCCAACCCAUAGUAACCCAAGUGUUAAUAUCCCACCACUUCCCAGGCCUCCUGUAAUAAACACGAUUCCACAAGUGCAACCUCCACCCCCUACAAUCUCACCCAUGCCUGGGCAACAUCUUAUGGUUAACCGUCCCCCAAUGCACACAUCAAUGUCCAUCAAUGCUCCUAACAUUUCUUUACCACCACCGCCCGGUUCUCAAUUUACCCAUAUGGGCCCUCCUCGGCCUUUUGUUUCCCAUUCCAUGUCCCAGCCUGGAAUGAAUGUGGUCCCACCACCUCCAAUACUGCCACAUGGAAUGCCUCCACCACCUCCACCUGAGGAAGCUCCACCACUUCCCGAGGAGCCAGAGCCUAAGAGGCAAAAGCUUGAUGAGUCUGUACUCAUUCCUGAAGACCAGUUCCUCGCCAAACAUUUGGGACCUGCCCGUAUCAGCAUUAAUGUACCAAAUGUUGAAGAAGGAAAUCUCAAAGGGCAGGUUUUAGAAAUUUCAGUGCAAUCAUUGGCAGAAACUGUUGGCAGUUUGAAGGAGAAGAUUUCUGGUGAGAUCCAGCUUCCCGCAAACAAGCAGAAGCUGAGCGGAAAGGCUGGGUUUCUCAAGGACAAUUUGUCGCUUGCAUAUUACAAUGUGUCGCCAGGAGAAACACUCAAUCUUUCACUCAGAGAACGUGGCGGCAGAAAGAGAUGAAGAUUGAUAGUUUUCAAGGCCAUCAAGAGGUUCAUAUUGGAACUACUAUGACUUUUAAAAUCUUUUGAAUAUCUAAGACAUUGUUCUUAGUGUUGUUAUUUAGCCUAAAAAUUUUGUUCAUCAUGUACACAUAAUAGUACCUUUCAGUUUUUAAGUCCUUAUGCUGGCGGCAUGACAAUCUACUACAGAAUUGGCAUCUUGGCAAGGCUUCACUGAGGCUGAUGGGAAGUUUGCUUGUUCCAUUUCUAUAAGCUGCAAUUUAUCAAUAUGUUUUUUUAAGUGACUAAUUAUGUCCUCUCUUGACAUGCAGCUGGUCCGCUCCAACUGAGUUUUUAGUCUUUGCAUUGAAGUAUCUUUUAUUCAAUUGAAUUUAUAUGUCAUAUAUGUUCUCUACUUUGUCUUUUUGAAUGAUACUCUUUCUCAGCACGCGGUACGGUACUGUGAACUCUAUCUUGGAAUGAGGUUUGUUUUUGUAGGACUUGUGAUAAGAGCACUGUCAAUGCUCUUCACACAUGCAGACACGUUCAAAACCUGUUUUCAAGCUUUCAUGAAUUUAAAGUCGGCCUAUGGGCAAAUUGUUGAAGGGUCUCCCGAAUGCCUGAGACUGUCUCUAGGAUUGCCACAUGCUCUUCAGUUUGGGCUUUAGCUUCCAUUUUGAGGAAGCUACUUGGUGCGUUUAUGUGCGCCCUAUUUUUGCCUUCUUCCACUUGCUCGCGCUUAUAUACUAGGCGUUUCUGGAAUUGUGCUUAGUUUUUACCUUUUAAAAAAUUUGUGUGGAUGCUUAGUAAUUUAACAUGUAUGCCGAGUUAAUGGCUACUUGUCCAUUUGGUAACAUUCCAAUGGUUAGCUUUAGUAUUUUGAAAAGGCUAUCUGAUGGCAUCGU